CGAGCCAGAAUAAUUGGCACGCCGGACCGAUACGUGAAAGUCGGAAGUCAUCUCACGCUGACCUGCCUGAUGUCCCAGGGGCCUCACGAUUUGGGUACAGUGGCUUGGUACCAUGGCAGUCAGGCAGUGAUGACAUCGCCGCAUUCCGAGAAUGACGUGUCCUCGGGACCUCGUAUUACUGUCGAAACUGAGUGGAGUGAUGCUCUCACGUCGAAAUUGAGAAUCACCCAUGCGAAACUAGAAGAUUCUGGAAACUACAGUUGCGUGCCUACUGUUGCGGAGAAAGCCAGCAUCAACGUACACGUUCUCAAUGGGGAGCGUCCAGCUGCAAUGCAGGGUGCGGCAGGCUCGCCGACAUCGAAGACGGUCCUCGUGAUGCUCGCCUUUUUUUUCGGUCAAUUGAGAUAA